CAGGCUGGUGGCGGCGGCGGGAGCAGCGAGCGUACUGCAGGGACAGCAAGGCAGCAACGCCGACAGAGACACCCGGGGAAACCCGCGCCCCGCCUGCGCCUCCGCGGCGCGCCGGGGAAGCCGGAGCCAGAGCGGUUCCGAGACGCCACCAAGGCCAGAGGCUGCUGCAGAGCCGCGGCGCGGGCAAGCGGCAGAUCGAGCCCGGCGAGCGCGCAGGGAGCAGGCAUCCUCCACCGGCGCGCCUAUCCGUGGCGACUGCGCGGGAGACAAAGCCUCUGGAGAAAGAUGCCCGCGGGGCGCGCACCGGGUGGACCAGGGAGCGGGCGCCUCGGAAUCUAAGUGCGCCCAACUGGCCGUACGUUCCGGAGACGCCGAGGCCCCAGCGGGUCCAGAGGCGGGCGGGGCCCAGGUGCGCCCGGUGGCAGCGGGCCUGUGACUGCUCGGGGGGCGGCGCCCUCCCGCCGCAGCCGCAGUGGCCGGCGCCGCAGCGAGGAGCCAUGGGCAACAUCUCCUCUAACAUCUCGGCCUUCCAGUCCCUACACAUCGUUAUGCUGGGCUUGGACUCUGCCGGCAAGACCACGGUGCUCUACCGGCUCAAGUUCAACGAGUUCGUGAACACGGUGCCCACCAUUGGCUUCAAUACCGAGAAGAUCAAACUGAGCAACGGCACCGCCAAGGGCAUCAGCUGCCACUUCUGGGACGUGGGCGGCCAGGAGAAGCUACGGCCGCUGUGGAAGUCCUACAGCCGCUGCACGGACGGCAUCAUCUACGUGGUGGAUUCGGUGGACGUGGACCGGCUAGAGGAGGCCAAGACGGAGCUGCACAAGGUGACCAAGUUUGCGGAGAACCAGGGCACGCCGCUGCUGGUCAUCGCUAACAAGCAGGACCUGCCCAAGUCGCUGCCGGUGGCCGAGAUUGAGAAGCAGCUGGCGCUGCACGAGCUCAUCCCGGCCACCACCUACCAUGUCCAGCCGGCUUGCGCCAUCAUCGGCGAGGGCCUCACCGAGGGCAUGGACAAGCUCUAUGAGAUGAUCCUGAAACGCAGGAAGUCUCUCAAGCAGAAGAAGAAGCGGUAAUGCGUCCGGGAAGCGAUUGGGAACGAGGCUGAGCCAGCGAGCCACUGAGUGAAUGAAUGGACGACUGGGUGAGCAAGAACCCGCGCCCGCGAACAAAGACAACGAACCAAAGCGAUGCUUCGAAUUUUUAAAACACGAUCCCUGUACCCUAACACAGGACUUGGAGACUUAACCCGGGUGUGGAGACUGCAUUACCACCCAGCUCGCCACCUGCCCCACCCCCCACCCCAGCUCAGGGGACCUUUUGUCUAAAUGCUUGAGCUAUCAAUGGGGUGGGGUGGGGGAACCGACGGGGAGUGGACGUGAGGACGCGAGGGUCCGGUGGUGAGCCCUCUGGCCUCAGGUGGGAGGCUUGAAUGUCAGAGAGACAAAAGCGAUUUCUUCUCGCUCCGUCAGGGCCAGAAGUUCAGGCUGCCCAGCCCCCACUGCGGGGGGAGUCACGUGUGAGUUACCUGAGGUAUGCAGUUCACAAAACCCUGGGGAUACUCCUGUGGGAGCGGGUAGGCACUGGGGUAUACUGAUGGGGGGAGGGGGUGACCGCUCCUUGCAUUCUGGAGCUGUGCAAACUGAGUAGUUUUAUGUCGCAGGGCAGGCCCCUGUUUGCAGUUUGAUUUGUCCUGCUCUGGGCCCAAAGGAGGUGGUGGUUUGGGUCCGUCCAGAGGACUGCCUGGGACCAUGCGGCAGCCUGAGGGCCCAGGGUGCUGCUGUCCUUCUGGCCUUGGUGGGAAUGGCCUGGAAGACUCCACUCUCCAAGGCUGGGUGGGUGUGAUUUUGUUGAGAACUGCUGUUCAGCCUGGGAUGAGACCUCUUCCAGAUGGCCUAGGCCCUGUCCAUGUGUUGGUCAUUAUCACAUAAAGAGACCAAUAAAACAAAAGCAGAAAACUAUUGGAGGUGGUGGUGCCAGUACAGGUAUUUAAAGGGUGAGGUUCUUGACAUUAAUGCUGUGUGUGUGUGUGUGUGUGUGUGUGUGUGUGUGUGUGUGUGUU